GCCUCGCCGUAACCUAGAGACAAGGCUGUGAUUGCAUAUUGGUCCCUUAGGCGAGGGUAGUGAAGAAAUUUAGGAAUGAAGCCGAUUCAGAGACGCUCUGCUAUUUCCUGGUUGCUGAGUUCAGUCACGAUUGUUCUUUGCGCGGGAACCUUUAUGUACCAGGCUGGCUUACAGGUUGAGAGGUACCUAGACUAUAGCCACCAGUCUGUACCGACGGAAGUGAAAAGGAAGUCACUCGUGUUCCCUUCAGUGACUGUCUGCACCAACAGUUGGAUUAAUAAACAGUCUGAAGCAUGCCUCAAGACUCCUCGCCUCUGCACCAAGUUUGGCCAGGAGGUCCAUUGGGGAAUUUUUAGGGCCCAGUUCGAACCAGAGAUGCGUACUCUUGUCGGAUAUGAGCCAAGAGAAAUUUUCGAAUGCCGUAUGGAGUCGACAAGCUCAGAGUGCCAAUCGUUCAAUUGCGUCGACCACAUCAGGACCACUUUUCUACGCUUACCCAUAAUGCUUUGCUACACCUUAGACAGUAAGCUCUACGGAGGGCCUGACAACUUGCUUGAGAAGUGCGGCACACCUUGGCUAUACGAACUACGCAUUCGUCUGCGCUUCAUCGAGAAGAACACUCUACGGCUGAUUCCCUCCCUUCCACUCCCGGUGUUCGUGCAACAGCCGCAGCUCUGCAGACCCGAGCGCAACGCCGCCAUCGCACUGGUCGCGCAGAAGAGCUACGACAUCACCAUCAAGCAGCAAAAAAAGCGACGCCUGCCUGCACCUUUUUCUUCACGCUGUAAGGACUACAACAGUGAAGGCGUGAAGCAAGAGUUCUACGGAAUUGCAUCUAAAGAGGUAAUGCGCGGAACCUUCCCCUUUUACAGCAAUAUGACACUUUUGGAAGCUGCCAAAAAGUGUGCGUGA